AUGCUAAAAAUUGUAGAUAAAUUAAGAGAAUUAGUUUCAUAAGAAUUAUGGAUUAAAUUCUUCAACUCUAUUAAUGGUAGACUUAUGGUUAAAUUAAUUAUGCUGAAAUCAAUUGUCUGUAAGCUUAAAAACCCUAUAAAGUCGUCUUGAUGCUUGCCAUUUUAUUUGGUUACAUAGGAAGUUCUGAAAUAAAAGUAAAAUUCAGUAUGAAUGAAGAUUUGGAUUAUAGUUAAAAAUUAACAGAAACCAUUUUAACAAAAGUAGAUAGUUAUUACAAGUAAUUAAAAUUACUAGCUUAUUUAUCUGAGAAAUAAACAACAAGUUUUAUUUAUAAUCCAAUCUCAUCGAAUAAUUUUACUAUUUCCAACGAUACAUUUACAGAGAAAUACAUAAUUUAACAUAAACUGAACUAGAAUAAUAUAUCAUUAUAUAGAUCUUUAUAUAAAGCUAUAGAUUCAAUGGAUUAAGAAGGAUGGCUUUAAACAUUAAAACUUGCAUAAAUAGAUAAAUAUAUUUUUGAAAUGAUGUUUAAUUAUGACGAUAUGUAUGUCUUUUUUCAUCAGUUCUACCUAAUAAAUUAACUUAAUAAAAUUAUCCAUUACUUUCCAGUUAUUUAGAGUAUGAAUGAAAGCUAUUUAAAUUUGGAAUAAAAACAAUAAAUAUUAUAUAGCAAUGAAACAGUUAUAUUUUCUUAUCCAACAAAUUAUGGAAUAGUUUUAGGUGUUGGAUACACAAAAAUGGUUGGAGAAAUAUUAUCAAAAUUAGGGUCGUCAUUUUUUAUCUAAAUUUUUAAGAGUGAUAAGUCUUUUUAUAUAUCAAAUGAUUAAAUUAUGAAUGAUCAAUGUGAAUGUUAGAUGAAGAGAAUAUUGAAUAUCAGUUUUGAUUGUGAUUUACCAAAUGGUGGGAAUGGCUACUACUUUAGUAAUUCAUGUAAUUCGUUAUAUGUUAGAGAUAUAUCUACUAAUAAUUAGAUCUAAAUUUAUUUAGUUAUAUAUAAAUAGAGAAUAAAUGAUCAAGAUCAAACAUUAGAUUUAUUCAAUUUAGCAUGGCCUUAUUAUUUAAUAAUAAUUGUUAUAUUAUUUAUUAAUAUUUUGAUUAUCAUUAAUAGAGUGAAUUCCUUUACUAGAGACAUUACUAACCCCAUUAAAUAAGUCACGUAUAAAAUAGAUAAAAUUAUAAACAACAUAUUUUAAAUAAGGAUUAUAAAUAAAAUAUAGGCAGAUGAUAUUUUAAUAAAAGAGGACACUGAAGUACAAACUUUACUUAAUGAGUUUUCUCGUCUAUUUGAAUAAUUAAGAAAAAAUAACACCUUUAAUAUUUAAACAUUUGAAAAGAAAGAAAAGAAAGAUAUUUUCCCAAAAUAAAAUGAUAAAUCGAUAGAAUAAAUUAAAACUUUGAUUAAUAAAUUUAGAGAAUCACUGUGA